GUGGAAGUGGGUCAAUAUCACCAAUCGAGGCGGAGUACUAGGACGGAAACACACGAAUGCCCUACUUUAGACAUGGACAUGUCAGAACCGCAUGUUCGGCGCCGUUGAAGAGACCGUUGUGCUAACAGUUUGAUAGGCCUGGUGUAUCGGCGCGAUGACCUUCUGUUUGUAUUGUGUAGUGUGAUUGGUUUGACCUUGCGAGAACACAUUAGUUCUUCCUCACUUACGAGGCAUUUCAUCACAUGCGUGUGAUGCUGUGGCUGGCUUGCCCCGCUAGCUGCAAUGUGACGCAAUACGAAACUGGGUAGUCGCACCUUUACGCGUUAUUCAGGAAGCAAACAAAGCUCACCACGCCCUCCCAACUUUAUGAUCUCUCUUCCUCCCAUUCCUACCUCCUACUGAAAUUCUCAAACUCAAAAUGACUACCGGGGGUGUAGUCUACAGAGAUCUUCUGGACAUUCCGGACGAGGGUCCCAUUGUGCAGGAGGGGGCAACGACCACCGCAGGAAGGACGACCACUGCGCGGCAGACGACCACCAUACUAGAUGCGCCUACAGACAGCCAUGCGCUAGCUUUGGAAGCAGCAAUGUCUGCUGCGCCGGAAGACAAGGGUACUGCGCAGAUUGCACACAAUGAAGAGGUGCUGAAUUUGGGAUGGAACGAGCCGAAGGAGGCGGUAGCGAGCCCGCUCGUUGGAGGCCUAUCCAACGAGGACCUAUGGCUGUUGGUUCGAAGAUUCAACAAUCAAAUGUAUCACGUCAAGGAGAUUCCACACGCACCUCCAGGAGGGCUGGAUCUCAAUAUUGCAGAUGAAGAAGAGUUCUCGCCAGACAAGCUGCGUGCCAACAUUGAGCGCUUGUAUAUGACGAUUGGUCUGGGUAUAAUGGCGUUCGGAAAGCACAUCGCUCGACUACGCUCAUGGCGGGAGACACGCCGUACUGCCUGGUUCUGCACUGCAUACUUCCUAGCCUGGACUUUUGAUCUGAUCAUGCCUUUGGUCUCAAUUACGCUCGUCACUCUUGUUGUUCACCCGCCCGCUCGGGAUAUUAUGUUUCCUCCAGCCCCCCUGGCUCUUGUCAGUUCUUCCACAGGAGGAGUUCAGAAGCCCAAGGCUGGUACUCUCGGUAGUACUGAUAGUGCGACUGGAGCACCGGAGAACCAUAAGGGUGAGGCUGUUGAACAAGAAGCGUCUAAUUUUGUCAAUGGUAUUGCUUCUGUGGCCCUCGCAAGCGCUACAGGUAAACACCCCCAGGGUGAACCCUCACACGAUACCGGUGAUUCCAUUCCAGACCCAACCUCGAUAGCUGUUGGUGCUGCGAAUGCAAAGGACAAUACUGCUGGUGGCAAAACUUCCAAGCAUCAUGACAAGACCAAGGUUCCAAUGGAAACUGCAAUGUGGACCAAGAUGCGCCCCAUCAUGCACGGUAUCGCUGAUGUGACUGACACUUGGGAACGCUUUGCGAAUAUGCUGUCUCCAACUGCGCCGUUCCCAAAGAACAAGUACCGCACUCGUCUCGCCGGUUGUGUUGCACCUCUUGUCCUCGUUUCCUUGUUCGUCAGCUCGUACAUGUUCACCAAAGGCGUCACUUUUGGCGUCGGCUUUGGCUUUUUCGGAGAUCCUGUUCUACAACGUGGUUUUGCUCUGCUCAACCGUAAAUUUCCUCACUGGCAACAGCUCCUCGAACUGCGCAACACGCUUCUCAAAGGUGUUCCCACCAAUGCACAACUUACGAUUACACUGCUCCGUAUUGGCGAGAUCAACAAGGCUCCGCUGCCGCCACCACCUCGCAAGAAUGAAGCGCCACCCGAAGUACCUGUUGAUAUCAGCGAUCAGGAGCUUCGAGCUACAGGGGCAGACUGGCCACUCAACGCAACGCAAGAAGAACUUGACGAAGCCAUGGCGCACGAUCCAACCACUGCUCAUGAGACUGGCGGCCACGAUAUCGACCAGGCCAAAAACGGCAAGCACGGCAAAAAGGGCAGUAAGAUACUCAACUUCUUCCGUUCAACUGCCAAAGGCGGCGUUGAAACAUCUAUUGGCGCGGAUAAAGUCAAGGCAGCCGUUGGGUCCACGCACGCAAAGGACCGGCUCGGCGCCGUGCCCCCCAAGGAUAUGGAUCUCACAUCUGGCCCUGUAGAUUUCAAAGCACGCUUCAACGGCAAGAAAGGCCAUAUAUACAUUACCUCGAAAGCGACCAUUCCAUGCAUGGCUUUUUCGACCGACUCCACAAUCGAAAAGAUUGGUACGACAGAAAGAGAGGAUCUGCAUCCGUUGUGGACCAUUCCCAUUGGCGAGAUCAGCGAGCUCAAGAAGCAGGGUGGAUAUGGUUGGAAGGCAAAGUUGGUGAUUGGGUGGGCUAUGAACAGGGAGGUUGCCGAUGCACUGGAGGUUGUUGACCGACGAGGGAAUAUGACGAAGAUUACAGCGAUACCCCUAAGGGAUGAGCUGUUCAAUCGACUGUUGUCAAUGGGUGGGCAGAAGUGGGAGUGUUGGUAGUGGUUGGAUGUCUACAAGCUGGAAG